AUGCUCUUCUUUUACCUGCCGGGAGACAAGAUUUCUUUCCCACUGAAGCCAAAGGCUCAAAUUCAGCCUCUUUGUCUGGGUAAUGGAGAUGCAUUUAAACCUUUUUCUCUCUCUCUUAUUCCUACUUUUUUCAGUCUUUUUCUACUCCCAUUUGCUUUAUUCUACUCUUUCCUUGCUCCUCUUCCUUUCUUUUUGCACUCUCUAACAACUUCUCUUUCCUCACUUUUCACUCUCUUCUUUCCUUUUUUGUUCUCUUUUACCCUCACUCCUACCUUUCCUUUCUUUCCAAUAUUUUCUCAUUUUCCUUUCUCUCCUUUUCACCUCUUUCAUUCCUUCACAUUUUCUUCCCAUUUUCCCUACUCUCUUUUCCUCUCACUCUGUUUCAGCUUUUCCCUCUUUUUCAGCUUCCCUCCAUUGAUAUCAUCUCUUUAUAUUGAAGUGGAUCCUCUCUUCUACUAUGUCAGUUGCACUCAUUCCAAACUCUUUAUUGUCUGUGACAUUGCCAGAUGUACAUGUGUCAAUCACUUUCUAGUUCAAUAG